AUGCACGAAAAGCUACACAACUUUCAAGAUAACGGCGUCCCCAUGCACGUAAAGAAGGCCGCGUGGUUGCGCUACAAGGAGACAGUGCAGCACGAUAUUCUUCUUCUACCUGCUCGUCAACACAAGCGGGGAAAAAAGAGGAAAACUAAGACAGUAGCCGGUAGAUUGUUAACUCGCGAGAUGCUACAGCAACCUGAUGAGCCUUCUCAAGCAAAGACUCCGAAACGAACCCGAAACCCAGCGAAGAGUAAAAGACCUACAAAAACAACACAAGAUCAGCGUCAGGAGCUGGAGAGCAAGCAAGAGCAGGAUAUCCACCAAGAGCAGGAGCAUGAACUCGAGCAGGUCCUCGGCGAGCAAGCAGAGAUACCGACGACACAGAGCAGCCACAACGAUCAGAUUUUGUUUGUUGUGAACUUCUAG